UCCAGUGUCCUGCGACUGGCCUGGCCUGUCCUGCGGAGCCCGCGCUGCCGCUGCCACCUCCGCCGCAUCCGCUGCUCAGCGGGAGACGCCGGCGAGCUGGUGAUUGGAGCCCUGCGGCGAGCUCAAGCACCCCGUCUGCCUCAGGAGCUGCCCCGUCACCCCAGUUCUUGCCUGGAGAGGAGCCAUGAGCAGCAUCGGGAACGGCCUCGUCCCCUUGGGGCUGGUGCUGCUGAUGUGUGGAGCCCAAGGCCUUUUCCUGCCCAACGUCACACACUUAGAGAAGCUGCUCAGCAAAUACCAGCAGGACGAGCCCCACUCCCGGGUCCGCAGGGCCAUCCCGAGGUCGGACCAGGAGGAGAUCCUCAUGCUUCACAAUAAACUGCGGGGCCAGGUGUACCCCCCUGCCUCCAACAUGGAGUACAUGACCUGGGAUGAAGAGUUGGCGAGGUCGGCGGCCGCGUGGGCUCAUGAGUGCAUCUGGGAACACGGGCCCACCAGUCUGCUGGUGUCCAUUGGGCAGAACCUGGCUGUCCACUGGGGCAGGUAUCGCUCUCCUGGGUUCCACGUCCAGUCCUGGUAUGACGAGGUGAAGGACUACACCUACCCCUAUCCCCAUGAGUGCAACCCCUGGUGUCCAGAGAGGUGCUCGGGGGCCAUGUGCACCCACUACACACAGAUAGUUUGGGCCACCACCAACAAGGUUGGCUGUGCGGUGAACACCUGUCGGCGGAUGAACGUCUGGGGAGAUGUUUGGGAGAAUGCGGUCUACCUCGUCUGCAAUUACUCUCCCAAGGGGAACUGGAUCGGAGAGGCCCCGUACAAAACCGGCCGGCCCUGCUCUGAGUGCCCGCCCAGCUACGGAGGUGGCUGCAAGAACAACUUGUGUUACCGAGAAGAGACUUAUGUCCAAAAGCCUGAAACAGACGAGAUGAAUGAGGUGGAGACAGCUCCCAUUGCUGAAGAGAAACACGCCUGGGUUCAGCCGAGGGUGAUCAGACCCCAGAAAACGUCCGCCGUGAACUACAUGACCCAAGUUGUCAGGUGUGACACCAAGAUGAAGGACAAGUGCAAAGGCUCCACGUGCAACAGGUACCAGUGCCCAGCAGGCUGCCUGAACAACAAGGCAAAGGUCUUCGGAACACUCUUUUAUGAAAGUGCGUCCAGCAUAUGCCGGGCCGCCAUUCACUACGGGAUCCUGGACGACAAAGGAGGCCUGGUGGACGUCACCAGGAACGGGAGGGUCCCCUUUUUUGUCAAAUCUGAGAGAAAUGGCAUGGAGUCUUUGAGCAAAUACAAGGCGUCCAGCUCAUUCACGGUGUCAAAAGUAAAAGUGCAAGACUUGGACUGCUACACCACCGUCGCUCAGCUCUGCCCAUUCGAGAAGCCAGGGACCCACUGCCCAAGAGUCCGCUGUCCGGCGCACUGCAGCGAUGAGCCAGCCUACUGGGCCCCCGUGUUUGGAACUAACAUCUACGCAGAUACGUCGAGCAUCUGCAGGACCGCGGUGCACGCGGGGGUGAUCAGGAGCGAGAGCGGGGGCUACGUGGAUGUGAUGCCUGUCGACAAGAAGAAGACAUACGUGGGCUCGCUCAGGAACGGGGUCCAGUCUGAAAGCCUGAGGACCCCUCAAGACGGGAAGGCCUUCCGGAUCUUCGCUGUCAGGCCGUGAACUUCAGUGCUGCGGAGAAGGGGGGGUCUUCCAGAGGGCUUCUGGGUUUUGCUUUGUAUUUCUAUUUUAUAAUUUGGGGGUGGGCUGGGAAUACGGAGUGGCAGGCAGCUCCCUUUGAGUGGCGUUCGACGUCACGCCCUUCGUGCCCGUGUCUCCUCUCUGCACCGUGGAGCAGCAGCUUCCUCCGGGGCCUGGCUGAACCACCGGUGACGCCCUGCCGCGGCCUGGCGGUCUCCAUCUGGUGCCCCCUCUGCACAGACAGCCACCCAAGAUGGUCCGUCCCGUGUGUUCUUUCAUGGGGGGAGAGGACGCCAAACCCGCGGAGAGAGCACCGGACUCAGGGAUCACAGGGUGAGGCUUUCGGGGUGCAGGACGAGACACACUGAGCACACGCCCGGGGGGGUUCCAGGAAUGGGGUAGAAGGUAGUUAUUUAAAAAAAAAAAUGUAAAAACACAGUCCGUUUCUACCAAGGGCGAAAAAUGAGUUUAAUGUUUGCUGGUCAGACAAAUGGGCCAGAACAGAGGGCUGGCGUCCUGCCUUGAGCAGGCUGGUUCUACACACAGCGGUGCUGGUUUAUUUAGAGUUCGGUAGUAACUCCAGAGAUUUAUCUUGUCUGUGUCCUUCCCUUCGUCCACGUGGCCGUCUGUUUACUGCCGUGACGUUUGGUCUCCUUGAGGACUAAUGAACCGGGAUCCUGUCUUUACCCCUUACUCAUUGUGGCUCACACGCCAGCCCAGCCCAGUCGUGUCAUAGUUCACCCCGGGGUCUUUGCUUUGCAAGCGAUUCUGUUUGAAGCCCACUGUUUAAAAAAACUCCUCGUCUCUGUUGGUUUCGCUGAGAUGUCUAAGAACAGCCAAAGAAGGGCUGUUUGGUUGCUGCUUUUUGAAAAAAUGACAAUUAAACGUGCAGAUUCCCCUUCUGUCGGAUGACCUGUUUUUGAGCAGUGGGAGGAAUGGAUUCCUUAGUGCCUUCUUCGCCGAGGUUAGCAGCUCUGGGAAGAGGAACAGCCCGUGGUUAUGAAAUCGUCCUGCGGCGUGACAACCACAAGAGAGAGUAACACUCUAGAAGGAUUUCUCUUCCUGUUUUUGUGGAGUGGCUCUUGCCAAAUGUUCCCGAGGCUCCAGGGAGAGCGGUGCUCUCUGGCUUCCAUCACUUUAUAAAAGUUCUUCAGAAGCCCAGACCAAAACCCACAGCGAAAUAAAAUACCCUUUUGUAAAUAGCGUUUCUUUGCAGAAGGUAAAAUUCCACCCUCCAGCACCAGGCUGGCCAGUCGAUCACUUUUGUGCACUCCAGUUUCAAAUUUUAUUUCACUCCCCAUCAAACUAUUUCAAAGGCAAAAAGAAUCACCGGGGGAAAGGGGGGAGGGCAAAAAAAAAAAUGGGUGCAUUGUGGAGUGCAUUCUUAAUUAAUGCAAAAGCUGAAGGUAGAGAGCUACUCCCCUCCCCCCUUUCGGGGAUUUGUAUAAGCUCUUCUCCUGACAGAGCUGAAAUUAGUGGGACCGUGUUUUUGCUGCGUGCAUUGUGGGCUUGUAGUAAUUCAUAGGUUCUGACUAUUCAACCCCAAAUGUCAGAGUGAAAGAAUUUGGUCAGCCUGUCAGAUGUUGUGUCUGGAACAAUCUGAGUACUUGGAAACUUUUGGAUACUACACACUCUGCUGCUGUCCUGCUUGUCACUGCCCUUUGUGGCCGUGGAUGCUCUGUCUGGGCCCUUAGCAUUUGUGACAGCCCAGGGGAAUUUCAGUGGGUUUGCCUUGGAAGCCCGAGGCAGAAUCUGAAACCUCCACAGCGAGUAGACCCCACCGUUUAUAAAGUCCUGCUCCCGGAUCCUCAGUAAGUGGGCCCUUGGCACCAACGGCGUAGAAACUCCUCGCCCAGAGCCAGAUCUUGUGUCUUUUUCCUCCUCGUGAACAUUUUGAAACUGGAACCAUUUUUCUUCUGAAAACGAAAACUAAGACUACGAAUGAUAAGCCCUUGGAGUCAGGGACCACCUCUAAUUUUGUGUUCAACACAAAAGAGAGGGUGAAUCAGGCCAACGGUGUUUCUGAGUCUCCUGCCCCCCAAAAUGAGAAGUUUCGGUUUCCUCCAGAUUUUUGUCCCACGUGUCCUGAAACUUCAUAUUGUCUGUAGGCUCACUCAGCCCGCAGCUUACAUGUGUGCUUUUUUUCUAUGAAAAAUUAUGUAUUUUACUACUUCCUGUGUACAAACCUUUAUUGUUAAAACAAAACAAAAAAAAAAAGGUUUUUUUUGUGCUUUGCAUGAACAGG